CUCCAACGGCUCCAACGGUGUCUGAAUCUCCAACAUCAACUGCGGCAAUGUAUCCGUUAGGCAUAUUGUGCUCUGCCUUAUUUAUUUUCCGAUGACUUCAGAAAAUGUCCCUCCGUGGGACUUCACACCAAUCUAUGAUCUGCUCGACGCCUUCAGACCUCCUCUCUCCCCAGACAAUCAGUUUUCGCAGUCCUCCCCUGUGGCUCCUACCCCGAUCUUAGACCCUACCCUCUUCAACCCGAAAUCGAGCGAGCCUUCCAGUCUAGGCGACUUCACCCGACUGUACGAGUUCCUUGGCCGACCAAUUCAGGAUGUUCGUCCAAGACAAGAGUCGAACGGAUCCUCGUCAUCUUCGCGCCCCGACUACUCGACCCCUCCUUCUUCCAUCACUGACGAUGCGGUGCACGUUGACGAUCCUGUCGACACAGUCAAGGAAGUCCGGUGGGCCGACGAGGUGGAUGGGGCGGAGCUAACAGAGCAAUUCGAGUCGGAAGCAGAGCCUUCACACAGACGCCUACACCAUACUAGACGCCAUAGACGCAAUCGGAGCUCUUUAAGUUCUCUAGUAGAUGGAUCCCGACCCUCAUCGAUCGAAGAGGAGGCCUUCUUCGUUCGACCGAAGUCAGAACGCUCCCUAUGGGUUCCCCCAUCUGCUCCGAAGAUACAUGUCGAUCCUAUGAUAAUCCAACCUAUUGAGGCUCUUACGGCUGAAGAGAAAAAGGAAAGGCUUAUUCGGAAGUUAAAGAAGGGAUUUGGGUUAAAACUAGAGAGUCUAGGAAACAAAGACCAAGAUGGCAUACACGUAUUUGUGGAUUGUUCCAACAUCAUAAUUGGCUUCUAUAACACGCUCAAAAUCAGGAGGGGUUACAACAUUCGAGCAUAUACUAAGCAAGCGCCUAUAUCCUGGCCUUCAUUGGCUCUGAUUUUGGAAAGAGGUCGCCCAGUUGCCCGUCGAAUACUUGUUGGUUCAAAUGGUUCCCCGCUUCACGGGCAACCAGCAAAACUUCCGGACUAUAUGUUGGAGGCCGAAAAAUGCGGCUAUGAGCUUAACAUCCUGGACCGCGUCUUGAAGCGCAAAGAUCCGAUACCAUUGAAGCAAAAGCGAAGAGGGAGCGGGAAUGGGAAUGGCUAUGCCACUACUUCCGGACAUUCAAGUGGCUCGGAUGGAGCGUCCAUGAGCUCUAGAGUUGUGGCGGAACAAGGAGUAGACGAAAUCCUACAGAUGAAACUCCUUGAAAGCUUGGUGGAUACACAGAGACCGUCAACAAUCGUCCUGGCUAGCGGAGAUGCUGCCCAGGCCGAGUACUCGGGCGGCUUCUUCAAAAACGUUGAGCGAGCACUGGCAAAAGGCUGGAAAGUCGAACUCGCCGCAUGGAGCUCGUGUCUCAGCCAGGAAUAUCGAUCGAAGGAGUUCUUGCAAAAGUGGAAGGGGAAAUUUAAGAUAAUCUUGUUGGAUGAUUUCAGCGAGGAGUUAUUGGCGAUGUACACACAACCCAUUGCGUUUCAGCGGCCUGCUAUAUUAUAAGCACAGGAUGGGGGAAUAUAGAGGCGGGGUCUGGGCUGCUGGUACGAAAGUUCGGGAUGAUCUCACGCAUUAUGAAGAGCAUACGUUGGCGAAUG